ACAGAUAUAGCACGAGGACGUACUGCUGAUGAGAUAUUUGUGGCUGUAAACGAGAUACAGAUACUGAGAGGUACACUACAGAAUGGUCAGCUGUCCGUGAUCAACACGAUCAGUAGUCUCCCUAGUACCUGUGGUAUAGCAGUACUCGGGGACAACAUCCUGGUCGGUACUUAUGAUAGUGUGAAGGUUAUGUCUAUCGAUGGGAAUAUCACCAAGUCAAUCAAGAAGGGAGGACGUUACACAUACCUCGCAGUGUCUACAUCUAAGUCUACUGUAUACCACAUAGAUAACAAUGACGUAGUGUGUAGACGACUAGACAGUGACGCAGUAGUCUACAGGUACAGCGAUCCUGGUCUGAGAGAUCCUGUAGGUAUCGGACUGGACCGGGAUAACAAUGUGUAUGUUUGUGGUCAACGGUCCAACAACGUUUUCCUCGUUUCACCUGACGGGUCACUCGGUAGGGUAUUACUGUCCAAGCUGUCCGGUAUCACCAGCCCUUGGUGUAUAGUAGUCCAUCCAACCAAACAGGAGUUCGUGGUUACUUCUAACCAGGAAUCUACUGCACUAGAGGUCUACAAAUUCAGUGACAACAGCAUAUAAUUGAAUUGAUUGAGAAAGUUUGUGAAGAUCAGUAAAAUAUUGAACAGUAAUCCGAGCCAUUUGAUAUAACGUGUACAUGUAGGAUAUCGUGUGACCUCAUACCGGAAGAUGUCAAAUAUGUUACCCUUUUUACAUUCAUCAAAUUGAUAACAUCGUUAGCGUUAAUUGUAUGACUGGUGUGGGCAAUGUUAAGUCUUGUACAAAAUUAAAUAGAUUAUUGAUGUAUACAUAAACAAGGUUCGUUAGUCCGAAUCCUGAUAUAAAAACAACGUCUUGUAUACCGUAUUAUGUAAAUUACUGAUGUAUAUGUAAGUAAAGUUCUUUUGUCAGAAUUCCGGUAGAGGGGACGUCUUGAACCGUAUUAUGUAAAUUACUGUAUAUUAGUAAAAUAUAUAUCGUAUAUUUGAACAUGAUGCUCAUUAUCAUCGUUUGAUUCCCACAUAUAUUCACUGUAUGUCGUAUAAAGUAUAUAAUUAUCAUUACAAAUGUAUGUAAGGUUCCUUAGUCCAAAUCCUGUUAGACGUCCAUCUGUAUACCGUAUCAAGUAUAAUACAGAUUUGGAGAUGGAAACGCCUUAAUAAUGUUUGUGUCAACCAAUGCCACUUAAUAUUUUGGAAUAAUCACAUUGUAAUUAAUUUGACGUGUUUCAUUUAUCUCCUACCGAUGUAUAUACACGGCGAUGUUUUACCAAUGGCAAAGGGGCAGUUUAAGGUGAAGAGAAAUGACCAUUGUAGAUUUCAAUAUUAAAAAAAAACAUUGUUAAUAUAAAUUUGAAAUCGCGGAGGGAAAUUGUGAUGUCGGCUUCAUUAAGAUAAAGUUGAGAUACUCAGACAAUGAUUAAUUACUGUAUUAAUUGUAAAUAAUAUGUUUGUACAUGGUUGAUAAACAGUUUUAUGUCUCAACAUUAAAGUUUCUGUUUUGCAGUUGAUUUCAAUACGUAAUGAAAAAAAAAUUAAUAUCAAGAAUUGAUUCAAAGUUCAUCUUCGCAAAAUUACAAACUACUGCUGAUAAGAUUUAAGUUAUAAAUUUAAUGAUAAUAUGCCUAGAAUAGGUCUUUAUAAAAGUACUCUUACCUAGAAUAAUUAAUAACCACACAUGACCUAUUAUUAUAUCUGAUGACGUGUUAGAUUUGUGGUGAAUGGUACUAUAAUAAACUUUUAACAAAUCAG